AAGGCAGCGGGGGCCAUGACGGAAGCCUGGAACGUGGCUGUCUUUGCAGCCCGCCGGAGCAGGGACGAUGACGACACCACCCGAGGAAGCGUGUUCACUUAUACCAACACCAACAACACCCGGGGCCCUUUCGAAGGUCCAAACUAUCACAUUGCACCACGAUGGGUCUACAACUUGGUCUCUUUCUUCAUGAUUAUCGUUGUCGUCGCUUCCUGCUUCACCAAUGGGUUAGUCUUGGUGGCCACCGCCAAAUUCAAGAAGCUGCGGCAUCCGCUCAACUGGAUCCUGGUGAACUUGGCAUUUGUGGAUCUGGUUGAGACGCUCGUCGCCAGUAUCAUAAGUGUGAUCAACCAGAUCUUUGGCUACUUCAUCCUGGGCCACCCCCUGUGCGUGAUAGAGGGGUACGUCGUAUCCUCUUGCGGUAUCACAGGCCUCUGGUCUCUGGCCAUUAUCUCCUGGGAACGCUGGUUCGUCGUCUGCAAGCCCUUUGGAAACAUCAAGUUUGAUUCCAAACUGGCCAUAAUUGGCAUUGUCUUCUCCUGGGUAUGGGCGUGGGGCUGGUCAGCACCACCCAUCUUUGGGUGGAGUAGGUACUGGCCCCACGGUCUGAAGACAUCCUGCGGUCCUGACGUCUUCAGUGGCAGCGUUGAGCUCGGCUGCCAGUCCUUCAUGCUGACCCUCAUAGUCACCUGUUGAUUCUUAACGCUCUUCGUCCUCCUCUUCUGCUACCUGCAAGUGUGGAUGGCUAUCCGUGCGGUGGCCGCCCAGCAGAAAGAGUCCGAGUCCACACAGAAGGCCGAGAGGGAGGUGUCCAGAAUGGUGGUAGUCAUGAUCGUGGCCUUCUGUGUCUGUUGGGGACCCUAUGCCACCUUUGUCAGUUUUGCUGCUGCCAACCCCGGCUAUGCCUUCCACCCCCUCGCUGCUGCCUUGCCUGCCUACUUUGCAAAGAGCGCCACCAUCUACAACCCAGUCAUCUACGUCUUCAUGAACAGACAGUUCCGUAACUGCAUAAUGCAGCUCUUUGGCAAGAAGGUGGAUGACGGCUCCGAAGCCUCUACCACAUCCCGCACGGAGGUCUCCUCUGUCUCUAACUCCUCCGUGGCACCAGCAUAA